CCUCUUCCCUCCCCUUCCAGCCCCUCUCCUCCCCUCUCCAGCCCUCCCUAACAGUGACCGACAAUGUCCUACGCCGCCGUUGCUGGUGAACAUACCGACGGCCCGCAGCCGACAGCCGACCCUGCACUCCUUAACCUGCAGCCAACAGCAACGGAGCUCCCGGAUGUGGAGAAGAAAGUGACUGUCGUCGACUCGGACUUUAAGGAGAACCCCCGCACUGAGACCAGCGACAAGGUUCAAAAGGAGGCUGCUGCGGCUGCAGAGGCAUCAGCUGAGGGGAAGAAGGCCGCAAAAUCCAAAGCCGCAAGCUAUCGCGCCCAAGCCGGGGAAUACCUCGAAGAAGCCGAGGAGGAGGCGCAGCACCUCUGGGCACUCGCAAAACAGCGCUUGUUCCAGCCAGGUGUGCUGGGUGGUCUCCUGGGCCUCGUGAACGUCGGCUUGAUCGGAGGAGUGGGGUAUGCGCUCUACACGCACCCACACCUGAGGCACGACUACAGGAAACUGUCCAUCCUCGGUACUUCCCUACUCGCGAUCGGCCUGGGAGAGGGUGCCGUCGCAGAAGCAUAUAGGAAGACCGACGCAGGGAAGAAGGAAGAGGCCAAGGCGCGCAAGGAGGGUGCAGCGCUGUACAGACACGCGAAGGAAAUCGUCCUCCGCCCAGGCGUGUUUGGCGGUAUCCUCGGUGUGAUCAACCUUGGGGUCCUGGGCGGUGUGGGAUAUGCCGCGUACAAGUACUUCCAUGGACCCAAGUGGGACAGGAGGAUAGUGAGCGCGGUCAGCGUUGGCUUGAUCGGCUUCCUUGCUGGUGAAGGCUACAUCGCUGAGCAGUAUCGAGAGAAAGAGCUGCCCAAGCACAAGUAAAGACGUGUCUCUUCCUAUCGAUCGAUUCUUGUUCUUCUACUUCAACCUCACAUUGAAUGGAAACGAACACUACUCCUAACGUUGUUCUUUAGUGUUAUUGCAUGUCAGGAUUUACUAGUAUUAAAUGUUAUAUCUGAUACUCGCACACAGAGGCGUG